GCACUACUUUUCCUUCUUCUUCUUCUUCUUCGUAUAUAGACACAGAGAUGGAGGAGGUGCAGAUAUAAAAGAUUGGAGUCGUUGGUUAGUAGAAACGAGCACGAACCGGAUAAGCUCGCCAUCGCCCGCCAUUAAUGGCCUCCCCCUCUCCCACUCUACCCCGCCGAAGCAAGAGGGAUCGCGAGAAGGGAAACCCUACUAACUCCCCAUCGAUUCGAGCUGCUGCCCUUUCCACAAAUAUUGGAACGUAAUCUUCCAUUUCAUGGUUGAAUCCGCUGUCGGUGGCCCUUGUGGGGCGAUCUCAUCUCCCAUUUUCGGCCUUGGAUCGGUCUGAGGACUGCGGGAUUUUAACGCGGGAGGGGUUUUGGAUCGGUCCGUACGGGAGAGGAGGCAUUUUUAGGCCAGAUCCGGCGGUUCCCCUCAUCGAUCCGGCCGCGGCUUGGCCUUUUGAGAUGGAUCUCGACCGCUAGUUCCUUGCGGUGCUUUGUGUCGAGGGUUAUUCGAUGGGGAGCUGCUGGAGUUCGCGGGUCAAGGCGGAGAGCCCGUUCAAUAGUGCUUCCGCUUCUGAGGUGAAUUGCAGGAGUGUCAGCAGAGAUAGAAAUGGAUCGAGUGGCUCUAGCAGCCGAUCUUCAGCUUCUGUGCCUCUGACCCCUCGGACCGAGGUUGACAUCUUGCAGUCUUCCAACUUGAAGAGCUUCAGCUUCAGCGAGCUCAGAGCAGCUACAAGGAACUUCCGCCCGGACAGCGUGGUUGGAGAGGGAGGCUUUGGUUCUGUGUUCAAGGGAUGGAUCGAUGAACGCACCCUUACAGCAUCCAAACCUGGUUCUGGAAUUGUUGUCGCUGUCAAGAGGCUCAACCAGGAAGGUCUACAGGGUCAUAAAGAGUGGCUGGCAGAAAUCAAUUACUUGGGUCAGUUGCGCCACCCCAAUCUCGUAAAACUGAUAGGAUACUGCCUGGAAGAUGAUCAUCGGUUGUUGGUCUAUGAGUUCAUGCCUCGCGGAAGUCUAGAGAAUCAUCUUUUCAGAAGGGGCUCGUAUUUCCAACCACUCUCCUGGAACCUCCGGAUGAAGGCUGCACUUGGAGCUGCAAAAGGACUAGCUUAUCUUCAUAGCGACGAAGCCAAAGUCAUAUAUCGUGAUUUUAAGGCUUCAAACAUUUUACUUGAUACAAAUUACAACGCAAAACUCUCUGAUUUUGGCUUGGCAAAAGAUGGCCCUACAGGUGAUAAGAGCCAUGUAUCCACUAGGGUAAUGGGAACAUAUGGGUAUGCAGCCCCAGAGUACCUCGCGACGGGCCAUCUGACUGCCAAGAGUGAUGUGUAUAGCUUUGGCGUCGUUCUUCUCGAAAUGCUAUCAGGGCGACGUGCCGUCGACAAGAACCGCCCACAUGGGGAACACAAUCUGGUCGAGUGGGCACGGCCUUAUCUCACACACAAGCGCAAGAUAUUUCGUAUAAUAGAUAAUCGACUCGAAGGCCAGUACUCACUCGAUGGAGCGCAGAAGGUCGCAUCGCUUGCACAGAACUGCCUAUCCAUGGACGCAAAGUUCAGACCUUCCAUGGACCAGAUGGUAUCCACACUACAACAGCUUCAAGAUACAAAGCAAACAGGAACACCACCGUCGGCAGAAGAGAAGGUGAGAGCCCGAAGCGUCGGUAGCGGCGGCGACACCAGAGUGAGCUUGAAAGAUUUUCGAGGAGAUGGAAGCUUGAAGGUCACCUAUCCAAGACCAUCUGCGUCCCCUCUUUAUCUAUAGCAAGAAUUGGUUGUUAUUUGAUUGAUCUCAAUAUGGCCCUAACAGGUGAUGCCAUGGAGAACCCUAGUAACGAGAGCUUUGUAAUGUCACACUUUAUGGUGUGGUAGGUGUAAAGCUUGUUCCUUCUGUGUCUAAAUUAUUAAGAAGUGGCAAGCUUCAUCAAAGCUACAGGUUGAGACAUCAACAGGAUCAGAAUAUAACAUUUUCUC